AUGCUAAGGUGUGUAGUCAAGAAGUUUGCGUAUUUCGCCACUUUGCUCACCAUCGUGGCUAACAUCUAUAUUUAUACCUACCCAUCUUUCCAUCCGGAACAGUGUUCAUGGAAUUGUUCUGACAAGAAUACCACGUUACGAGAAGAUUCGACUCUUCUGGAGAAAGUUAAGGGGUACUUCAAUGACGUUCAAGAACAAUGGUAUUCCAGCCAUGCUUCUGAUAGUGACGAUAUUCACAUCAUGGCCUUUGGUGAUCCUCAAAUAAAGGGUAAUUGGCCCAAGACACCCUACGUGUCCCGAUUGGACACUUAUGGCAACGACUACUAUCUAGGCCACAUCUACGAUAUGAUGCAACAAAGACUGAAACCGCAAGUGGUUACUGUCAUGGGUGAUCUUUUCUCUAGUCAAUGGAUCGGGGAUUCGGAAUUCCACAAUAGAACGCAAAGAUACAUUAGUAGAAUAUUUAAAAGAGAUCCUGCUUUUAUUGAAAGGGUUAAAACAGAAAAUCUCGACGAAGAUGGCCAAUAUAAGGCAAACUGGUCCAAAUGGGGGGAUCGUUUCAACGAGAUCCUAAGCACUGCUCAACAAAAUGAUACUGCAAACGAAGAUUUAACAUUCGGAUUUGGAUACGAAAAUAUCCAAUCAUGGAACCCAGAUUUAGAAGAUUUUCUGUUUAUUAACAUUACUGGCAACCAUGACGUGGGAUACUCAGGUGAUGCCACGUACCAACAUAUGACAAGGUUCUAUGAUCUUUUCGGUAAGGACAAUUAUUGGAUUGAAUACGAGACUAACACGACACAUCCUUGGAGAAUCGUAGUGCUAAACGAUCUUCUUUUGGAAGGCCCUGCUUUACAACCAGAAUUCGUUGAUGCAACUUGGAUGUUUUUGAAGCAACUAAGUGAGCGUAAAUUCGCCGGUAGUACUGUUUUAUUGACCCAUGUUCCAUUUUACAAGCGCGAAGGUUUGUGCUACGAUGGCCCAGACACUAGGUAUUAUCCAGAUGUUGAUGCCCCUGAAUCAUAUAAAACUGGGCUUCUAAGAUCUCAAAACCAUUUGGGAGAAUCCGUUUCAAACGAAGUUUUGAAUAUGAUCUUCGAAAACGGAAAGCCAGGUAUCAUAUUAACAGGACAUGACCAUGAAGGCUGUGAAACGGUUUACAAUAAGAAGUCUUCCGCCACUUGGGAAGCUACAAAAGAUAUCGAAAGUGACAUUUUCGUCAAGGAAAUUACAGUCAAAUCCAUGAUGGGCGAAUUCAACGGGAACACAGGUUUAGUUACGGGACACUUCAACACCGAUACAAUGACUUGGGAUUGGACAUUCAGUUUAUGCCCAUUCGCCAUUCAGCAUGUUUGGUGGUUCGCUAAAGUAUCCCUACUUGUUGCUAUAUUCACUUGGUCCUCGCUACUCUUCGUCUAA